AGCUCUGAAAAUUCAAAAACAAUCGUUAGGUCCAAAUCAUGUUGAUGUCGCUAUGUCUUUAAACAAUCUAGGUAAUGUGUUUGAUAUAACUGGAAAUUACGACAAAGCUAGAGAAUUUCACGAAAAUGCAGUGGAAAUUCGAAAACAAUCGUUAGGUCUAAAUCAUGUUGAUGUCGCUGCGUCUUUAAACUGUCUUGGUCUAAUAUUUUAUAGAACUGGAAAUUACAACAAAGCUAUAGAGUUUCACGAAAAAGCUCUGGAAAUUCGAAAACAAUCGUUAGGUCCGGGUAAUGUGUAUUAUAAAACUGGAAACUACGACAAAGCUAGAGAGUUUCACGAAAAAGCUAUG